CCUCCACUUGGCAUCGACGCUCUCUUCUUUGUUCUUGCCACAGUCUUCAUCAUAGGAACGACACAUGCUCGCACAUUACAUAGUGGCAGUUUUCUUCAUACUCUCGCAGGCAUUGGCAUCUCGCGGCGAAGAAGUGGCCUACACGUGGAGCGUCUCGCAUGCAGAGGCGCCGCACUCGAACCGCACGGUGAUCAACAAUGUCUUGCGGCUGCCGGUGGUAAACGUGACAUACAGUGAUGUGCUUGUAGUGCAUAUCACCAACCAGCUCGACACCUCGAUCUCGCUGCGGCUUCUAGGUAUGACUAACACAACCACCGAUACGCUACCAUGCCUGCUGGCGCCCGGUGAUAGCUCUACGUACCGAUUUACUAUCGAGCAGAGCGGCACACACUACAUUGCGGUGACAUCCGUCUCCAGACAGCAUAGCUCAGUGCUGAUGCGCGUUCCAGUUAUCGCAAAUGACGCCGAUGAAGUGUUUGAGUACCAAGACGAGUCUGUAUUCCUAUUCGAGGACACCCAUGGUAUGUUUACAGUUAACGGCGAGCAACGGCUACCGCGGAUUUUGAUGACGCCAUUCUGGGUAUAUCGCGUGAGACUGCUGAAUCUUGGCCACACAUCGGUGAUGUUUAGCAUGGGUCAGCACGAAUUGUCUCUAAUGGAGAUUGAUGGAAUCGAGUACGAGCCAGAGCCAGCACACUCUGUCAACCUGCUGCCGGGGCAGCGUCUCUCGGCAAUGGUCACUGCCAAGGUCUCCAAUGAUGUCAAUUACGCAUAUCAAGCGACCUUCUUCGACUCGUCCGCAUCUCUAGAUCUGGCUGAUGGCGGCCAGCCAGCCAAAUCUGCAGACAUCCGAGCAACAUACCAAGGCAUGCUCGAGUAUUGGACAGGCAACCCCACCAAGCCUGUCGGGGACUGGGCAGCAACUGGCACACGAUUGCACACGGCGCAGAUGACUCCAAUGGCGCGGUUUGGGGAAUGGGAACCCACGACAAUCGUCUCUAUCAGCGAAUGUGUACGGGUCAAGAACAGCCGCUCUAUAUCAGGCGCCGAUACCAGUGACACAAUGCAGAUUUCGGACACCACUGGCAAAUGGCCGUUAUGUGAGAAGAGCCAUUCGGUUGAGGUCACACUCAAGUAUCAGGAGAUUGUGCAGCUGGAGGUGGAUUCUGUCGGCAGUAUGUUGCUCUGGCUCAACACGCAUAUGUUCCAGGUGAUAACCAAAGAGAAGCAUAUGGGCGCGUCGCAUGCAGAGCUGCGUAGCGUGGACAGGCUUGUUGCUGGGAAUCUGACAGUAGUCAGGUUCAGGGCCGAUGUCCCAAGCGUGUGGGAUUUGCAGAUUCCUGGGGCGCCAAGAGUUGUGUUCGUCGAGGCUGCAGACCGCAUCUCUGACACCGACUUUUGCUAGCAGCUUUCAUGCUCAAAAGUUCCCAGGCCGGUGGAUGAAAAAAAAUACAUUGUCGUAAAUAAGGAAA